AUGUACACCGACCUCUCCACCAUCUACGAGCGCGCCGGCCGGGUGCAGGGCCGCCCCGGCUCCAUCACACAGGUGCAGCUCCUUUCCCUGCCCUCGCGAAGCUGCCACAGCCGCCUCGUAGAAACAAGCAACAAGGGGGCCUCAACGUGCGGGAAGAACGAUUCCCGGAGAGGGAAAGCUGUCUUCCAUGCUCUGGCGACAAAAAGUCUCAGCAUCAGUGGACGGCAUCUUUUCCAGAUCCCCAUUUUGACGAUGCCCAACGACGACAUCACGCACCCGAUCCCCGACCUGACGGGCUACAUCACCGAGGGGCAGAUCUACGUGGACCGGCAGCUGCACAACAAGCAGAUCUACCCGCCCAUCAACGUGCUGCCCUCGCUCAGCCGCCUCAUGAAUGCCCCCUUCCCCCAGGCAAUGAAAGCAGUCGUCGGAGAAGAAGCGUUGAACCCCGAUGACUUGCUGUACCUGGAGUUCCUUUCGAAAUUCGAGAAACAAUUCAUCACUCAGUCGCUGGACCUGGGCUGGAAGGUGCUGCGCACGUUCCCCAGGGAGAUGCUCAACCGCAUCCCGGAGGACGUGCUGGCCGAGUUCUACGCCCCGCGGCGCGGCAGGCGCAGGGGCCGGCGCCGCACCUACACCACGCGCAAGACCUUCACCAAGACGCUCAACGCUGUUGCUAGUCGCGGAUUAAAGACUGAGAAAAAAGAAGUCGACGAGAAACAGGGAGAUGCUGGUGAAGCGGAAUAUCAUGGCGAGAGACCUGCAGAAGACGCCGGGGGCUUGCGAGGACGAAAGGAGUCGCUGAAGGACGAUGAAAUCGAAGCCACCCUUAACAUGGUGACGCGGAAG